AUGUCUCAAAAGGAAGUUAUAUUUGAUGCUAAGCAAUGCAUCACCCAGUCUGCCCCGGGACCACACGCUUUCCUCCUGGUGAUACAGCUGGGCCGAUUCACAGAGGAAGAGAAGAGAACAGUGGAGGUAAUCAAGAUGAUUUUGGGUGAGAAAGCUACAAACUACAUAAUGAUCCUUUUUACCCGUGUGGACAAUCUGGAGGAAGAAGGCAAGACGAUUGAGCAAUAUGUUAAAGAAGCUGAAGAUGAUCUCGAGCAGCUGAUAAUGGAAUGUGGGUACAGGUAUCAUGCCUUCAACAACAGAGAAAAGAAUGAUCGCACUCAGGUCACAAAGCUCAUAGAGAAAAUAGAGGCCAUGAUGACAGCAAACAACAACACCUACUACACCAGUGAGAUGUUACAGCAAGUAAAUGAAGAAAUAGAAAAAAGAGUAAUAGAGAUCAUGAAGGAGAAGAAAAAGCAAAUAGACCUGGAGAUAGAAGAGCUGAAGAGAAAGAACCAGCAAGAGCUUCAAGAGAAAAUGAGGCAGAUAGAAGAGGAAAUCCAAGACAAAGAAGAGAGAGAAACGAGAAAAAGAGAAUUAAUGUCAGAGUUCAACUCCAUAAAGGGUUAA